GAUUUUUUUCUUUACUAUCUCAGAUGGUCGCCACUGUAGGGACAGCAAGACCUAAGGCCUUUGCGAUCUGAGCUUCUCACCCGCUUCGAAUCGCCGUAACACUUCCAAUUUGAGGCCGAGGGUAAUCGCUUUCCGUUCCCUUUUGGCACUAGGGAUGACCGUUUUAUCUGUGGGCCUUUCCCAGGCAUUUCUGCCUCCAAAAUGUCAGAAAAUCACAGCGGUCUCAAGUGCGAGAAGGCUGUGGUUCCUCUACGCCCCCCUGCAGAACUCGGUAAACAGCAACGAGGCUGCGAAGAGGCUCCGGCUGAUGUCCUGGAGACGUGGACGGGUCGCCAUGGGCAGGCCCAGCCCCACUGCCCAGCCCUGCUGCUUCACUGUCCACUCCGAGGAGGCCGCGCGGGUCUCCCGGUGCCGCUCCAAGUCCGCGUGCUGGGGCCGUGCGGCCGCAGGCACAUACAAGCGGCCUGGGUUCUGGGGCUCCAGAGAAGGUUGCAGCCAACCAAGCAGACAAACGGAACUCCGUGAGGGGGACGUCCCGGGGCGGUUUUCUAUUGCAGCGGAGGGCGGGCCGGGCGGCUGUUCGGUUUCGGGAGCUGCUUUCCAUGGAGGAUCCCAGAAAUAAGUAUGGAUGCAGAUGCCCGAUUUAAGAUAAGCCUAAAGGCGCUGGGUAUUCCCUUAGCGCCCAGCUGUCUGGGCAGGACGAGGCUGCGCUCGCGAUCAAACCCUCGAACUGUCAGGCGACGGUGUGGACACCCAAAACGGGGGCCCAGCCGGCGCCGCGGCUCUGCUGCGCAUGCGCGAGGCCUCCCUGGGCGCGCGGGGCCGUGGGACCGCUCUCCCGUUGCGCAUGCGCGCGCUCGGGCGGCGCGGGCUCCGGGUCUGGGGAUGUGGUACCGGCCGCUGGCGGCGGCCGGCAGUAGAGCGGUGGCCGGGCCACUGGCCUUGCUGUGGCGAUGUGGUGGUCCAGGAGGCAGCAGGACGGCCAAGACCAGCGCGAGGGCCCUGGACACGGCCCGGCAGUGCCUCCGGGGGAUCCACUUUCAGAAACCGACUCUGCAGGCGAGAUCAACGUUUUUUUCCUGGUGGCUGUGUUCAAAACCACCCAAAGAGACUGGUGAGCUAAAGAAUGCCAAGCCUGGAGGAGAUGGAGGCAGGAGAGGAGGGAAGCGGGAUGACGUUGCCUGGUGGAGGCGGAUGCAGAAGGGGGACUUCCCCUGGGAUGACAAGGAUUUCCGCAGUCUGGCCCUUUCGGGGGCAGGUGUUGCCAUGGGAUUUUUCUACCUCUAUUUUCGAGAUCCUGGAAGAGAAAUCACUUGGAAGCACUUUGUACAGUAUUACCUGGCCAGAGGUCUGGUGGACCGGCUGGAAGUCGUGAACAAACAGUUUGUGCGUGUUAUUCCUGCCCCUGGGACCUCUUCUGAGAAGUUCGUGUGGUUUAACAUUGGCAGUGUUGACACCUUUGAGCGGAAUCUGGAGUCUGCUCAGUGGGAGCUGGGGAUCGAGCCCCUCAACCAGGCAGCAGUGGUCUACACCAAUGAGAGUCACGGCUCUUUAUUGCAAAGCCUGGUGCCCACCCUUCUCCUGGUUGGCAUUCUCCUCUAUGCUGCCAGGAGGGGCCCUAUGGGAGCCAGGCGCGGUAGACGAGGAGGGGGCCUCUUCAGUGUUGGUGAGACAACAGCCAAGAUCUUAAAGAGCAACAUCGAUGUGCGAUUUGUGGAUGUAGCUGGGUGUGAAGAAGCCAAAUUGGAAAUUAUGGAAUUUGUGAAUUUCCUGAAGAAUCCCAAGCAGUAUCAGGACUUAGGAGCAAAAAUUCCAAAGGGAGCAAUGCUCACUGGUCCUCCUGGUACCGGCAAGACCCUUCUUGCCAAAGCAACUGCAGGGGAGGCCAGUGUGCCCUUCAUCACUGUGAACGGGUCCGAGUUCCUGGAAAUGUUUGUUGGCGUUGGGCCAGCAAGGGUUCGUGACAUGUUUGCAAUGGCCCGAAAAAACGCUCCAUGUAUCUUAUUCAUUGAUGAGAUAGAUGCAAUUGGCAGGAAGCGAGGCCAAGGGCACUUUGGAGGCCAGAGUGAGCAGGAGAACACCCUGAACCAGAUGCUUGUGGAGAUGGACGGGUUCAACUCUGCCACCAACGUCGUGGUGUUGGCUGGCACCAACCGCCCUGACAUCCUGGACCCAGCCCUGAUGCGGCCUGGCCGGUUUGAUCGCCAGAUUUACAUUGGCCCCCCUGACAUCAAAGGUAGGUCCUCCAUCUUUAAGGUCCACCUGCGCCCACUAAAGCUGGAUGAGAGCCUCAAUAAGGACACCCUGGCGAGGAAGCUGGCAGCGCUCACCCCAGGCUUCACUGGUGCUGAUAUUUCAAAUGUUUGCAAUGAAGCAGCCCUGAUUGCUGCCCGGCAUCUGAGUCCUUCUGUUCAGGAGAAACACUUUCAGCAGGCCAUCGAGAGGGUCAUCGGAGGUCUUGAGAAGAAGACCCAGGUCCUGCAGCCUAGUGAAAAGACAACUGUGGCCUACCACGAGGCCGGACACGCGGUGGUGGGCUGGUUCCUGGAGCACGUGGACCCCCUGCUGAAGGUGUCCAUCAUCCCCCGGGGCUCGGGGCUCGGCUAUGCACAGUACCUGCCCCGGGAGCAGCACCUCUACACCCGGGAACAGCUCUUCGACCGCAUGUGCAUGAUGCUCGGAGGCCGGGUGGCCGAGCAGCUGUGCUUCGGACAGAUCACUACGGGGGCUCAGGACGACCUGAGGAAGGUCACCCAGAGUGCGUAUGCCCAGAUUGUGCAGUUUGGGAUGAGUGAGAAGCUGGGCCAGGUGUCCUUCGACUUUCCCCGACAAGGCGAGGCCCCAGUGGAGAAGCCGUACAGUGAGGCAACCGCCCAGCUCAUUGACGAGGAGGUCCGGUGCCUCAUCAGCGCCGCCUACAAGCGCACCCUGGACCUGCUGACACAGUGCCGGGAGCAUGUGGAGAAGGUGGGCCAGCGGCUCCUGGAGAAGGAAGUGCUGGAGAAGGCAGACAUGGUGGAGCUGCUGGGCCCUCGGCCCUUCGCGGAGAAGUCUACGUAUGAGGAGUUUGUAGAAGGCAUGGGCAGCCUGGAGGAGGACACGUCCCUACCCGAGGGGCUGAAGGGUUGGAACCAGGGACAGGAGGAGGAGGACAUGGACAGCCUGUGCAGGGGAGCUCUGCGUAGCCUGUGGUGGUGCCUGCACCUGCUGCUGGGUGGAAUUCAGGUGACUGCCACUUACCUGGGGCCUUUGCAAAGCAGCUGUGGAAUCUCACCCAAAACAAAUUAAAACGUGACAACUGUGAA